AUGAACGGUAAUGAUAUGCCCAUCAAACAAGAGGGCGUGGGAGCACCCACUGGUGUAUGGACAACUCCAACGUCUCAAGGCAUGAGGCCCAGGCCCGCGACCAUCCACGAGGGAUUCUCCUACAGCAUGGGCGAUGACUACGGCACCCUCCCAUCGUGGGAUUCUUCGCCACUGCCAAUGCAACAGACUCCCAGCGAUGCCAUGUCCCGACCGGUAUCAGUUCAUCAACAAGACUUUUAUCCCGUCACCACCAUGGAGAACAACUGGCAACAAAAGCCAUGCGAAGACACUUUUGAGUUCCAUGGAUUGGAUACGGAGAUGAUUGGCCAGGCAUACACUACCGACGAGGCCAUUCCUGUACUUGAUUUGAGGUACCAGCAACAAGACAACGAGCCGUUCAACUUCGACUGUGGUCCCAACCCGCGACGCAUGUCGGGCUCAUCCUUCACCAUGUCCACGUCCGGUGCCCUUUCGGACAUGCCUUCGUACGAAGACUUCUCGGCUGCUCUGUCAGAAGCGCCAUCAUUCAGUUCAGACUACCCGCCGCCGUCUAACCGCAACUCAUUGAUGUCGUCGACCCAAUUGUCGCCGGUUGCGUCUCCCCGGAUGACUCCCCAGAGCCGAUCUGAACUUGUUAGGACUCAAAGCCGCGGUCGGGCUUCUCCUUCGCCUCGCCCUGGUAUGCGAUCUGCUCCCUACAGCGUCGAGCGUGGAACGACAAAGAGAUGGUCGACAGGAUCGUACGGAACUCAACAGAACAGACGUCAGACACCGUUCGUGUUUCAUCAGGGGCACGAUGCAUUCGGUGCCCACCAGCGCAUGUCUUCGAGACACUCAUCGCCGACGAUCCAGCACCAGCAGGUCCCAUUGAACUUCACCAAUCUCCAGGCCGCCCAGCAGCAUCCGUUCAUGAUGGCCGCCCCGCCGCAGUACCAGAGAAACAGUAUGAAUAGUAUGCUCUUGCCGUCGCAAUUGCCCUCCAAUGGCUUCCACCCCGAUGCUCAUCACUUCGAGGCCCCGCCGCCGCUUCUGUCCCAUGGCCUCUUCCGCAUGCUCCAGAGCAACGCCGAUCCCCAUUCACUUCACAGCCACUACACGGAUUUGUCCGACCCGCCCGAUUUGUACGCUUCACUUCACGAGGAGCAGAUCCCACCGCCUCCUGAGGACAUGAACCCCUCUGAUCCCGAUCUUGUUCCCCACGAGCAAGAGUUGCGGUUCGAGGGUGACUUGUACACGCCCAGAUGGGUAAGAGGUCACGGCAACAAGCGCGAGGGAUGGUGCGGAAUCUGCAAGCCGGGUCGUUGGUUGGUUUUGAAGAACUCGGCCUUCUGGUACGACAAGUCGUUCACCCACGGCAUCAGUGCCGCAACGGGUAAUCCUUUCCAAGAGCCUCAAGAGACACGACGAAUGGAUGGGAAUCCAGAUGUAUGGGAAGGCCUGUGCGGUAGCUGCAACGAUUGGAUUGCGCUCGUCAGCAGCAAGAAGAAGGGUACCACAUGGUUCAGACACGCGUACAAGUGUCACACCCACCCCAAGAUCAAGGAUGCGCCAAAGCGUCGACGUGAGAGCAAUCACAACCGCAAUCUUGCAGCAUCUCAGAUGGCCAAGCCAAAGGUUGAGCCUCAACAGCCACAGCAAGCACCCGCAAUUGUACAGCAGGCUCCGAUUACGCCUCAAACUUCAUCGGCAUCCGUCACCAGCACGCCUACGCCCGCACAGAUGCACCAGCACCAGCACCAGCAGCACCAGCAUCAGGUUCAACAACAUCAACACCUUCAACAGGUGCCGCCGCCCAUGCCUCAAAUGAACCAAGGGCAGAUGGUACAGAACCAAGCCCAGCAGAGGAACGUCAUCAACCCAAUGGAAGGCAUGCCUGGCAUGAUUUGA